UUUGCGAUGGCAUGUGAUCGGAGCUUAUGCUUCUCACAGCCCUAAAGGAACAUGAUACUCAUUCUCCAGCCCUAAAUUAUUUUAUAAGUUUCAUAGCAAUUGCUUCACCCUCCACUGAAAUGCAGCAGCUGUUUGCCACUGCCCAGCGUUUAGGGGCAGGAGGUGAAGGAGGGUCCUGCAAGCAUGUUGUCAGAGGGACUGUGGGGAGGGAGGAUGCGGCAAUCCGUGGUGGGAUUUGGCUGGGGCAGUGACAGUAACAUCCUGUAGCCCCUCUGAAAAUGCUGCAUCCUUUGCUGGUGGUGGUUUGUUUGCUGGAGAGAUGCUUCAAGCAACAUCAUUGCUUCUAUGGGCUAUUUUGUCCGGUCCAGGCAGGUGAAGCUCUUAGCAGGGACCCCAAAACCUCUCCCUGCAUUGCACGUGUACGUUUAGGUGGGUGGGAGGACUUAUGUCCCCAUCUUAGAAGCCUCUCAUACAACAAACAUAACCUUCCAGAGCUAAAGAGUCAAGCAGAAAGUGGAAUGGCCUCUGUUCAUCACACCCACGCAGCUGGAUAGAGUUUGCUCCAUACCUUCACCAUUCUCCUAACAGAACUGUUUAACCCCUCCCAUCUCAUUACAGUAAUGUAUUUAUGAUAUCACCCUCGAAUUUCCUGCCCUUAACAACCCCAGAAGGCUGGGAGGGAAUGAAGCAUUUUUGGAAAGUAUUUAAUGCUACUUCAAGAGGGCGGGAGGCGGUCGGAAGAUAGAUGGGUGCAGGAACCUUGGGCUGACGGGGCUCUCUGCAGGACAGCUGAGGAAAAGGACCGCACCUAGUGAGAGGUGUUCAUCUCGGUGGGGCCACACUGACCAUGCUCAGGAGCUUCUGUCUCCAGCUCAUGUCCUUGAUUUGGAUCCUCUUGGCCCAUCACCAGCUUGUGCAAGGGGAUGACUGCAGUGAGCGCUGCAAUCUCGCUCACGGCUGCUGCGACCAGGAUGGGAAGUGCAGGUGCGAUCCAGGCUGGGAGGGGGAGUACUGCGAGGAGUGCGUGCGUAUGCCGGGGUGUCUUCACGGGACGUGCCACCAGCCUUGGCAGUGCAUCUGUCACACCGGCUGGGCAGGCAAAUUCUGUGACAAAGACAUACACAUCUGCGAACACCAAUCCCCCUGCCAGAACGGGGCACAGUGCAUCUACGAUCGAGAUGGGGAGUAUUCCUGCUUGUGUCCAGAAGGUUUCCAUGGGAAGGACUGUGAGAUGAAGACAGGGCCAUGUGAGAAGGCAGGGUCUCCAUGCAAGAAUGGUGGGCAAUGUCAGGAUGAAAAUGGCUUUGCCAGUAACUUCACCUGCCGGUGUCUCGCUGGCUUUGUGGGGGCUCUCUGUGAGCACGAUGUGGACGACUGCCUGAUGCGCCCCUGUGCCAACGGGGCCACCUGCCACGAUGGCGUCAACCGCUUCUCCUGCCAGUGCCAGGUGGGCUUUGAAGGGCGUUUCUGCACUAUCAACAUCAAUGACUGCGCCAGCCAGCCGUGCAAAAAUGGGGCAAAGUGCUAUGACCGCAUCAAUGACUAUGACUGCUUGUGUCCUGACCGCUUCACUGGGAAAACCUGUGAGAUCUCCGUCCCUGAGCCCACCUGGUCUCCUCCCUACCAGCCUGCAAACCAUGAGAAUGCUGGAGGUGUGAAAAGCACCACUAGUGAGACGCCGGGGGUGACACAGCCGGAGCCCAUCAGGACUGUGGUCACAGGGCGGCGUGUGGCCAACCACAGUGAGAAAGACCCUGGGGGAGGGUUGUUGAAAAUCUCUGUGAAGGAGGUGGUGACCCAGAGGGACUCAGGGCUGAGUGAAGCCCAGCUGGUGACAGUGCUGGUGUUCGGGGUGCUGACAGCAGUGCUGGUCCUCAUCACUGUCCUGCUAAUGCUGAGGAACUGGCAGAGAAGCCGUCAAAGGUCAAACUGGUGCCAAAGCCCUUCUCAGGCUGCAAGAAAGCUCCAAGAUCAGGAGUGUCAGGUGGGCAUGCUCAACACCAUCUUGAUUGAGCCAAGGAAGACCACAGAGCUGUGAGCUGCGAGGACUCUGAACCAGGCCCUGGCAGGUCAUCAUGCUGGCAAACCCCUCAAACUGCACCCUGUGGAACCACACCGGCACUGACCGGGCAGCGGGGAAAGGCUCCCAGGGCAGCAAACAUGUCAACAAAACCCUGGGUGUUGAGCAUUGGUGUGAUGGCCCUGUCUGGGUCUGAGCUGUCUCCUGUCUGGCUGGCUCAGCUGGCACCCAUGGGCAUUGGAAGGCGGGGUUGCAUUGGGCCAGCCCUGCAGGAGAGCGAUGAUGCGCUGCUUGCAGCAGCCCAUGCCACACAAGCACUGGUACCAUCUGACACGAGCACUCAGAAACAGGACAGGUAGUGCCGAGGAGGGCACAGCCCUCUUGCAAGCCCAAAUACUGCCAGACCCUUUGUAACUCCUCUCUGUGACUAUGGGAAGGGGCUUUAUCCUCAUUUCUGCUGGUGUUGGGAUGCUUCUUCCGGGGCCUUUGGGACAGUUGUGGCUGCAGGGAUCUCCCUGCCACAAUACUGUAUGGGGUAGUUCCUGGCUGUUUCUGGAGGCUGUCAUUUCAGAUGCCAUGUCCCUAGGGAGUGAGCAAACACCCUUGCUCCCUAGCCUUGUGGUUCUGUGAGCCAGUUCAAAGAGACUUCAAAAAUCAUUGCAGGUCUCAUGCCCUUCUUCUACCCUGGCUGAUGCAUCCUGCUCCUGCUGUCAGACUUGGGGUUACAAACAUGUUCCGUACUUUCCUCCUAUGGAUUAUCAUCCAGGGGUCUCUUUGACCCACUUACCAAACCGUCCUUUCUGGUCUGGCCACAAAUGACCGAGAUCCUUUGCCUCUGCAGUGUGCACUUCUGCCUCACUCUUUGCUCUCCUCUGGAGUCCUCUGGGCCUGAGCUGGUCCUUGUCAUAUGUCCUCAUAGGUAAAGCUGGAGAUGGACAAGGCUGUGCUGUGGCUGGUUCAGGAGCAAUACAGGAUCCAGGUCCUCCUUUCCUCUGCCAUUCUCUCUGAGGCAGGCAGCUGGCUCUAACCUCAAAUCAAUCAUUGCAGCAUUUCUUGAUACACCAAAGGCUAAACUCCCCACAGUGGAUGUGAGAACAGGCUACUGAGCCUGGGAUGGACAUAGCAAGCAGACACAAAACUGCCUUCUCCACCAUUGCUAAAGCAUGGCUAAGAGGCAGUAGGUGGUCAGGUCACUUAGCCUUUGCACGAUAUCUGUUCCCACCUGUGCUGGUCUGGUGUGCAGCAAUCACUGGCUCUCUCCUGGGACCACAGGGAUUUCUGUGCCUCCUCAUGGGCAGAGAUGGGUAAGCUGUGGGGCAAAACUCCCCACAACCCAAACCCUACUACUGGCUUGUAAGGUUGCACAGCUGGGUUCAAGAUGGUGUGAAGUGAGCCAAAAAGUGACUGCUCGGGCAGGAGUGAGAGCUGGGAGAGAGGAUUGGAGCUUCAUCAGAAAGAUUAUUUUUUUAAUACAUGGAUGGAUGAUGUACCUUUAUCAAAUAAAACAAGUACAAGCCCAGAAA